AUGGUUGAGUUAGGACGGUGCCUUGUUAUUUUUGGACUUGUUACUUUGGUACACGCCGCAUAUUCUGCCAUACAGCAUCGCACGUAUCUCAAACUUACUGGGGUGCACUUCGACUAUUUGCCACCUGACAUAUUUUGGCAAACAAUUAUAGGAUUGGUCAUCACAAUCGCCGGUGUUGUCCGUGUUGCUGGUGAUUUCUCAUUAAUAAGCACCACCACUGAUCCUCUUCUUGGGAUUCGUUUGGGAAUCGACCAUCUUUCUACGCCUUUAGCCACCGCCCAUCACUUAUUGCUGAACUUCGUGCGUCAAAGUAAUAAACAGAUGGUUGUGCUAACUUGUCUCUCCGGUCCCGAUACCGUCUCGUGUCUUUCUUUCUCGAAUAAGCUUUUGGCUCGUGGUUUCGAAAAUGGUAGUAUUCAUCUCUCGCCCCCAAAUAACUGCACCUUUCUCACCGUCCUAUCCCCAUCCUCUGAGCCUUGCACAGCUAUUGCUUUUGCUGGGGAUGAUUCUGAUGUAUUUUACUCCUCCUACGGCGGAAACAUUGUCUUUUGGGAUCUUCGUAAUUAUGAGACUCCAGUAAAUGUUUGGAAGGUCAGUGUUGAUGAAAUAAACUGCAUUGAUGUGGACAUACAAGACGAGUGUCUCGCCACAGCAGAUGAUGUUGGGGUAGUUUCCCUGGUUUCCUCGCUAACUGGGGAAGUUACGCGUGUCUUUCAAGACCAUGACAAUAUCUGUUCUGCCGUCAGAUUUCGUCCCUUUUGGCAAGACCAGCUCAUUUCCUGCGGCCUGGACUGUCGCCUUGUUGUGCGCGACUGGAAAGCCAUUGGUCACAGGUGCAGAACCCUAGAAAUGGCUGAUCUCGUUGAUCCUCGUCGCUAUGUUAGUUUAUUGGAUACAUAUUUGAAUGAAGGUGAAGCCCCCUGUAGAAGAAGAGGGAACAGAAAAACUGGCUGGGGCACAGCCUCAUUUCUUAUCGCAUCGUCACUCACGCCCGAGGAGGUUAGGCAGAUGAUGGCAACACGUGCUUUGGGCCCGGGUUUUCCAUUCAACCCACCGAUGAUUCACAGUCUUGGUUGCGAUGAGUCGGGUGACUAUGUUGCCGUCGGUCUUGGUAAUGGCACCGUGGAAGUAUUUCAGGGUGACAGGAAUCUCCGACAUGUUAAAUCCCUCCUUGGCCACAGGCGAUCAGUUGCUGCGUUACUGCCUAUUGGAAACUCGCAUCUGCUAAGCGGCGGCGACGAUUGUUGCUUCUUCCUUUGGGAGAUGUCCUGUGGCGGCGUAGGUCAGCGAUUUGUCCAUUCGGAGAAAAUUGGCGCUCUUGCCGGCCGUGAACUCUCUCGAAUCUUUGUGGCUGAUAAUACAUCUGAUGUUAAAGUGAUGGACCUUACGUGUGCGUAA